CUGUAUGAGAGCGGCCGGUUGGCUGAAGUUGUGGCACUGUUCAACCCACCCAAACCCGCGCUCCUGUAUGCGCUCAUUUCCUCGGCGUGGAAACCAGUCCAGCUCUCCGCCUCACUGACAGAUAACAGGCUUGAUGACCCGCGGGAGUUAGUUAAAACAGUUAAAACUAGAAGACCAAGUCACGCCGAAGAGAAUAUAUGCUUUAAAGCCCAAAUAACAAACACCGAAGUCAAAUACGGUCGCAGGAGUUUGGAAAUAUUACAGCCCAAAUUAAGGUCUGUGUGUGUGAGUCUCUGUAUCUCAGCGAUGUUCUCCUGCCGCUCUUUCCUGCUUCUGCUGCUCAAUGUCUGCAGCCUGACUGCUCCCUCAUUGGCUCUGCCCUUUGAGCAGAGAGGAUUCUGGGACUUUGCUAUGGAUGGAGAUGUGGGGGAUCUGACGACGGUAAUGAUGAGAGAUGAAGAGGGUUCAGCUGUGGAGGAGCUGCCGCCGGAUGUGUCUUUAUGCCCCUUUGGUUGCCAUUGUCAACUCAAUGUGGUGCAAUGCUCAGACCUAAGUUUGAUUGUAGUGCCAAAGGAAAUUCCCAGAGACACCAAACUCUUAGACCUGCAGAACAACCGCAUCACAGAACUGAAGGAGAAUGACUUCAAAGGACUUACAAACCUCUAUGCUCUGUCACUGGUCAACAACAAGAUCUCCAAAGUCCACCCGCGAACUUUCGUACCCCUCCUACACUUAAAAAAGCUUUAUUUUUCCCGUAACCUCCUGACAGUGGUACCCAAGAACCUUCCCCCAUCCCUGGUGGAGCUGCGCAUUCAUGACAACCGUAUUAAGAAGGUUGCAGAAGGAACGUUCUCUGGUCUGGGCAGCAUGAACUGCAUUGAGAUGGGCGGAAACCCUAUUCAGAACAGCGGCUUUGAGCCUGGCGCUUUUAAAGGCCUGAAACUCAACUACCUGCGCAUCUCUGAGUCCAAACUCACUGGAAUACCAAAAGACCUCCCUGACAGUCUUCACGAGCUCCACUUGGACAAUAACCAGAUCCAGGCCAUUGAACUAGAGGACCUGAGCCGCUAUAAACACCUGUACAGAUUGGGUCUGGGUUUCAACCACAUCCGGAUGAUUGAGAAGGGCAGCCUAUCAUACGUCCCUAAUCUCAGGGAGCUGCAUUUGGAAAACAACCGGCUGACCCGCGUCCCCAUGGGUCUGCCAGACAUGAAGUACCUGCAGGUGGUCUACCUUCAUUCCAACAACAUAAGUCGAGUGGAAGUUAAUGACUUCUGUCCUCUGGGUUUCGGCAUGAAGAGGAGCUUCUAUAAUGGCAUUAGCCUCUAUGGCAACCCGGUUAACUACUGGGAGGUACAGCCUGCCACCUUUCGCUGCGUUGGAGACCGACUGGCCAUUCAGUUCGGAAACUAUAAGAAGUAGAGAAUGGAUGAAAAGAGAGAUUUGGGGACAAAUAACAAUGCUGGAAUUGAAACAGAACAGAAAAAAACUUGGAGAAGGUGGGCCAAAAUGGUGUCAACAAACAGUGUUUGCAAAUCAUUUUUAUUAUGUAUCUUUGGAUGGAAGUCUAAAGGUUCACACCAAGUAUGUUAACUAUAAUGAUAAAGAUAUAGUUUUAAAAAUGAAAUGAAAUUUAAAGAAUAAAAUUAGAAGUAUAGCACAGUCCGCACCACAACUAUAGCGAUAACUUUUGUUGGAAUCACUAUCAGGCCGAUUUUAUUCAGCAGAUGAAUGAUAAAAACAUUGACAGCCAAUCAGAAUCCACAUUUUAAAGAGCUCAAGCAUUUAAAGG